AUGCAUGUGCUAUUGACAAACGAUGAUGGACCUCUCAAUGAUCUAUCCUGUCCCUAUAUUAAAUUCUUAGUGGACGAGAUAAAUGAAACUACAGAUUGGGAUCUAUCAAUAGUUGUUCCAAGCGAACAGAAAUCAUGGAUUGGAAAAGCACACUUUGCUGGGAAAACAUUAACGGCAAGCUAUAUCUAUACGAAGUACUCUACAACGAUAGAGAAUCCAAAUAUCAACAAUUUCGAAGGGCCGUUUCAGACAAAGCAAGACUUCGGAUCUGAGUAUCAAGAGUGGUGCUUGAUUGAUGGAACUCCCGCAGCUUGUGCUGAUUUGGGUGUCCAUUAUUUGUACACUCAAAGCAAAAGUAAGCCAAUUGAUUUGGUUAUAAGCGGUCCAAAUUUUGGAAAGAAUUCUGGAAGUUUGUAUAUUCUUUCGAGUGGAACUGUGGGUGCGGCGAUGGAGGCAGUGACGCAUGGAGUUAAAUCUAUUGCAUUGAGCUACUGUUUCAACAGCUUAGACCACAAUUUUCGAGUCUUAAAGGAGGCAGCGAAGAUAUCAGUGAAGUUGAUACAGAAGCUUUAUAAAGAAUUGCAAAAGCUGAAAGAAAUUGACCUUUUUUCUGUGAAUGUUCCCUUAGUUUCUUCACUAAAUUUACGUACGACGAAGAUACAUUACACUCCGAUCCUUGAAAAUUACUGGAACUCGAUAUAUGAACCUCUGCUGGAAUCAAGUGAAGCCGGUCGGGAGCAAUUUUUGUGGAAACCCGAUUUCAAAAAAGUGUAUAAGGAUGCUCUUGAUGACAUGACUCACUCAGAUAAUAGAGUUCUACUUGAAGAAGGGAUCAGUGUUACUCCAUUAAAAGCACAAUUUAGUCUGGUGGGACCUCUACAUGGUGAAAUCAUUUUAAAUGAAAAUGAUGAUCAAGGUUUGCUUGAACCAAUGAACCUGUUAACAAUGAAUGGGGAUCUAAAUAUCGCUUUAGUAACAAUUUCCGUGGAUUCGUAUAUUUUUGAGCCAUUGAUGCAAGGCCUUACAAAGGUCGGCUUUCAAGUUUCUAAUGACUUUAAUGUCUUGAAUAAAGUAGCUGAUUCGAAUAUUAAAAUCUUUCAUUACGGUGAAUACGAGGAUAUUAAGUUUGAUUUACUCGAAAAAUAUCCUCAAAAAUACUUUGUCUCAUCAUAUGUCUACCGCAAAGCAUUAAUAAGAAAACAUUAUUUGAUGAAUACCAUACAUCAGUAUAUUGUAAAACAUCCUGAAUCUAGUCUUAUAGGAGCUGUUCCUGAUAGUUAUCGGUUAGAAGUUGAUUAUGCUGAAUUCCUUGAUGAUGCCUUGGACGACGCUUAUGAAUUGAGAGAAGAAGUUAAUCUAGGAGAGAAAACAUGGAUACUAAAACCGAGCAUGAGCGAGAAGGGACAAGGAAUAAGAUUGUUUAAAUCAAUCGGACAGUUGCAACAAAUAUUUGAUUCCUUUGAAGAGGAUGAUGGUGGCACAGAUGAAGAAUGUGCAAGUGGUGACUCAUUCAACGAUAAGGCUACUGAAUCUAAUAAUGGAGUUAUAAUCUCUCAGUUGCGGCAUUUCGUAGUUCAAGAGUACCUAGAAAAUCCAUUAUUAUUGUCUAACUAUUCCAAUAAGAAAUUUCACCUCAGAACUUAUGUCAUUUGUGAAGGUAAUAUACUGGUUUUUGUCUACAAAGGUAUUUUAUCUUUAUUUGCUGAUGUUCCAUUUUCACGUCCAACGAUCGAUCGUGAAGAGGCUUUAUCUUUAAAUGGCCAUUUGACAAAUACAUGUUUACAAAGCUCCGAGCACCCUUUGGUUGUACCUUUUUGGGAUAUGAAAGACUUGAAAAUUGGGCCGAAAGAGAAAGAUAUUAUUUUUAAUCAAGUUUGUAACAUCGUAAAGGACUUGUUUGAUGCUGCCUACACAGUAGACAAGAUUAAUUUCCAACCUUUAGACAAUGCAUUGGAAAUCUUUGGUAUCGAUCUAUUAGUGAGCGAUAACUACAGAGUGACAUUAUUAGAAGUGAAUGCUUGUCCUGAUUUCAAGCAGACAGGAAAAAAUUUGAAAGGGCUAAUAUUUAAAUUGUUUGACCUUGUGGCUAAAAACGUCGUCACUAGCUUGGUUACAAAUAGUAAACCUCAGACGUCCGAUGAGUUAGUGAAAGUUUUAGAGUAUGAGUCACACUAA